UAUUGUCAUGCAAGUGUCCAGGAACUGAUUUCUACCGAAAGAUCAAGACUAGGAAAGAUGCUUCCAGGUGCAAGUCUGCUUUUGCUGUCUGCAGCGCUCUGGGGACUGAGUGAGGGAUGUUGGGGCACCCCAGGAUGUCGGGUUGUGGAUAUGUCUCAUUCUCUGGACACCCGUUCUCAAAAAUUUCCAAUCAUGCCAGAUUUUCAUUUAACUCUUCUGACAAGGGGAAUUCAAGAUGGUGGAUACUGGACCGAGUACUACAAGUUUGACACGCCGGAACACAUCAGCACGCACAUGGAUGCGCCCUCACACUUUGCACAAGAGGGCUGGAAGCUGAACGAGAUCCCGAUUGAACGCUUCAUGGGGCCUGGAGUGGUCAUUGACAUCAGAGCCAAAGCAGCCAGAAAUCCAGACUACAGACUGGGCAUUGUGGAUCUAAGAACAUGGGAGAAAAGGUAUGGAAAGAUUCCUGAUGGCGCGAUUGUCUUUCUGUGGUCUGGCUGGGAUGUCAGGUACCCAAACACGACAUUAUUCUUCAAUACAAAUCCUUCGGAUGCCAGUUUUCAUUUCCCAGGAUUUCAUCCGGCGGCCAUGUCUUGGCUUGUGAACAAGCGCAACAUCAGUAUGAUAGGCGUGGACACGCCCUCUGUGGACUACGGACCUAGCACCACGUUUGAGACUCACCAGGUCAUGUGCAAGGCCAACAUUAUGGGUCUGGAGAUGGUCAACAACCUGGGUUUGAUCCCGGCCUCCGGCGCUCACAUCACGGCUCUACCCAUUAAGCUGCUGAACGGCAGUGGAGGGCUGACGAGAGUUGUAGCCACUUUUUUUCAAGAAAAGAACUGCGCAUAUUAAAAACAGUGUAUUCAAUCUUAGACAACCACCAGCACAGUGUAACAGCUCCGUUGUUUUCCAAAAACAAGGGACUUAACCAGGUAAUUGCUAGUACAGCAGGUUUAUCGAACCUGCAACUGACAGUAGGCCCUAAAACUAGAUAGAAAAAAUUCAAAUAUUAUUGACAUUUGAGUAUACAGAAAUAAAAACACAAAUAUU